AUGGCCACUAGAACUCCUUCAAGAGCUUAUGACUCUAUUCUAAAACUUUUACUGGUUGGUGAUUCAGGUGUUGGGAAAUCAUGUCUUCUUUUAAGAUUUGUUGAAGAUAAAUUUAACCCAAGUUUCAUCACCACCAUUGGUAUUGAUUUCAAAAUUAGAACUAUUGAAAUUGAUGGUAAAAGAAUCAAGCUACAGGUCUGGGACACUGCUGGUCAAGAACGUUUCAGAACAAUCACCACCGCUUAUUAUAGAGGUGCCACUGGUAUUAUCUUGGUUUAUGAUGUUACAGAUGAAAGAACUUUUGAGAAUGUUAGAAAUUGGUUCCAAACCGUUCAUCAACAUGCAAAUGAAGACACUCAAUUAAUACUUGUUGGUAAUAAGAAUGAUGAAAAAGAUUUAAGAGCUGUUAGUUCUGAACGCGGUGAAAGUUUAGCUCAAGAAUUAGGUAUUCCAUUCUUAGAGGCAAGUGCUAAAACUAAUGAUAAUGUUGAUGAAUUAUUUUUUAAAUUAGCAAAAAUUAUUCAAGAAAACAAUAAAAGUAAUGAAAAUUUAAACUCUAAUAAUGGUGGUAUCAAUGUUAAUUCUAGAACUGAAAGUAAAGGUUGUUGUUAG